AUGCCGACGGACACACGCUUUCAUGGGAUAACACCCGAGAAGCCAAACUAUCCCUUGGGAAAAAUAGCUCUCGAUGUACAGUUUGAGACACUAGAAAAUUACAGGAAGGAAAAGCUCGAGUUUGAGGUUAUGGAUUGGCCAUCUCAAUACCACGCCCUCCUGGGGCGACCCGCAUACGCCAGGUUCAUGGCAGUACCGCACUACACAUACCUUAUGUGGAGGAUUCCUGGACCCAAUGGGCCAAUAACGGUCAGCGGAUGUUUCGCCUUGUCAGAUAAAUGCGACAGGGACUUUAACAGAAUCUCCGAGUUGUUCGAAAUGCAAGCUGAGUACGAGGCAACAAAGUUCACCACCAAUCAUGAUUUGUUACCAGACGGGGGUAGAUCCUUGCAAGAGCAAGCUUUUGACACCUCCAAGGAUUCCAAGGAAGUGCAGGUCCACCCAAUGGACCCCAAGAAAACAACAUCUAUCGCGGCCAACUUGGACCGCGCAUAG